AUGGGUAAAAACAUGUUGCACAUCAACCGACCCAAGCAGCAGUCUGACGACGAGGUGAAGAUAGACAGUAUUCAUUUUGAGGAAAAAAAAUCCAAGCCUUUUCGGAUGGUGCGCCUCGUCCUUAUUGUUCUUCUGAUCAUAGUUCUGGUUGGAAGUUUGGCAGUAUUUUCUGUUGGGGUACUGACCCAUGAAGUGGAGUAUGGCAGUAAACAGAUCUCCGACCUUAUCGGAGUGGCCAUGUACCAGGUCGAUUCUAUCAUGAUGAUUGCUGCCGGAAUGGCGGCUUUCCUCAUCACCAUCCUAGGCCUCAUAGCCAUCAUGAAGAACCACAGAUGCCUCCUGGGAUUGCAUCUUGUCAUCCUGGCUUUCCUGUCAAUCAUGCUGUUUGUGGGUGGAGUCUUGGGAUAUAUCUUCAUUGCAGAGCUGGAGGAUACAGUGGAGCGGACUUUUGAAAACAGCAUCAAGAAAAACUAUGGUGUGAAUCUUCACUUGGACAAGAACCGUGAUGUGACAAGGGCCUGGGACAAUGUACAGCAAACUUUUGGCUGCUGUGGUGCCUAUGGUAAUAUUAACAGCUCCACAUCCUGGGCCAUUUACAAGAAACAUUCGUACUGGUACCUGGACGGAAUAGCUAAUGGUAGCAUGGUGCCGUCAAGUUGCUGCGGAGAGGGAGACAAGAAUUUGUGUGUCGGAGGAGCCAAUAGAACAUCACAACCAAAUGCUGCGCCAUAUGUUGGUCCACCGUCCCCAAAUUUUGGCAAUGUAGGCUACACACUUUACACGGAUGGUUGUUAUGACAAGCUACACUCCUACCUGGUACAGAACGGCAUCCUCAUCGGCACAGUUGCAAUCAUUGUUGCUGUUUUCAUGAUUAUUCAGAUGUCGUUGAGUAUCUUCCUGCACAGAAAAAUGAAGUACAUGACCUAGACAGAGACCCUCAAAGACACCC